GACUUCAGCAGUCUGCCUUGAUCUGUUUUGACAAGCGGUAGAGUAACUGGAGCCCACAGAGGCAGAGCCAUAUAUUUACCGCAGUCGGAGCAGGGUAGGAGAGACCAGACAGUGUUAUUUAUAUCAGCUGUUUUUGUAGGAGUACAGCUUCAACUAAAUGACUUCUUAUUUUAAAGGCUUGCCCACGGCUGCCGAGCUUAGUUCUAAACACCUGAGGUCGUUUGAGUGUCGGCAGCAAACCGAGACUCGAUGAUUAGAUUGAGACAGCUGCAGGUUAAGAUAACUGAAUAUGAGAACAGAGGAGAGAUGAUAUACCACCAGGGCGACGAAGAGGAAGAAGAAGGAGGCAUGUUUUUACCAACCGAACAUUGCUUUCUUCUCGAUACACAAGGGUUCGUGUUGUGUACAGUGAGUGCUUUGCUCUUUAGUUCGUAAGAGAAGCGCAUACCUGUACAUAAAUAACUCGGGGUUGGUUGACGGGGGCUGAAGUAGGUGGCAAGCUAGAAUAGGAAGGGAGAAGGUAAGCUAAAAAAAAAAAACUGUUUUGUGAGCAAACUUGGAGUGUUUUUUUUAUGUGAUGAAAAUAAUCUCACAUGUUUAGCUAAUUACUGAAAGGGAUAUUAUCUGGUAUGGUAGCAGUGGAUGUGUUUGGUUAGCAACAACACAUGAAUACGUGUUUGUUUUGGAGAGAAGAUAGAAGACAGAAGUAGUAGAUCGUAUCGAAAGAGUUUGUUUUUCUGCGAUUCAGGUUGAGUGUAGGACAAUAAGACCCACCAAAAACAAACAAACAAACAAAACAAAAAAACACAAGAAUUCCACAGUUUGAAGAAGACAGUCGCUUUCGUGAGAUUUGGAGGGCAACCCACCGAGAGAAACGAACAUGAAGCCUAAUCGAGAUGUCUCUGAGGAGUAUUUUGAAUAUGAUGCUGAAGAAUUCCUCGUCUUCCUGACCUUGUUGAUCACUGAAGGUCGAAUGCCAGAAUGCUCUGUGAAGGGUAGAACAGAAGGACUCCACUGCCCUCCAGCACAGUCGGGUCAGCCGGUUAACACCAGGCAUGAAUGCAGUGAUAAAUUACCACAGUGCCGACAAGCCAGAAGGACAAGGUCUGAAGUGGUGCUUCUCUGGCGGAAUAAUAUUCCCAUUAUGGUUGAAGUGAUGCUGCUUCCAGACUGUUGCUAUAGUGAUGAAGGUUCCACUUCUGAAGGGAAUGACGUAAAUGAUCCUGCCAUCAAACAGGAUGCUUUGUUGUUAGAAAGGUGGACCUUGCAGCCAGUUCCCAGACAAAGUGGAGAUCGGUUUAUUGAAGAAAAGACCCUUCUGUUGGCAGUCCGCUCAUAUGUGUUCUUCUCACAGUUGAGUGCGUGGUUAAGUGCAUCACAUGGAGUUGUCCCACGAAAUAUUUUGUACAGGAUAAGUGCUGCGGAAAAAGAAUUGAUUUGGAAUUUCACCCAACCCCCAACUGAACACAUCUUUCCAGUUCCCAAUGUUUCUCACAGUGUUGCCUUGAAAGUGUGCGUCCAGUCCCUCCCUAGACAGCCUAAUUACCCAGUUUUAAAAUGUAGCAUUCACUCCAGCCUAACUGUCUAUGGAAAGAAGAUCGGGAAUCAGGAGGGAAGUUCUAAGCAUUGUGACAUCACAGAAGUAAACCACUGCAGUCUACAGGGCUCUCCACAGCUUUUUAGUAAACAAACCUGGUCACCUUUACCAGACAGUGUUGUAAACCCAAGAAAAUGUUCACCACCUGAGUCCAGUUCCCCCAGCAAAGCUGUAAGGUGGUAUUAUUCCAAAUUAAACAAUGGUUCUGAUGUAAGAUCAAUGCAGCCUAAUAAUCUGGACUAUAGUUCAACAAGCUGUGGAGAAAGUUCCAAGAUGCAACCCUCCGAGAUGCAAAUCCAUUCAUUCAAGUCAUUGUUGUUGGCGGAUUCACAUGUACCUGCGAGCCAGUGUACUAGACAAUCUGCCAGAGAACCCAACCCCCUUAUUGGGUCCCUUCUUCAAGAGAGGCAAGAGGUUAUUGCACGCAUUGCCCAGCAUCUGAAUUAUUGUGAUCCAACUGCACCACAUAUCCCUGGAAGCCUAUUCAGCAACUGUGAACCAAACUUGCUCGGCUCAAAUUCCUUCUGGAGUUCGCAUGAAGAAGACAGCCUAUUUAAAAACAGUAAAGAUUCCCCCUCAUCCAACUGUACCCCCCAAGAUGGUGCUUUCCCAGAAAACAGUUGUGAAGGAAAGAGCAGAUCCUCUUCCUCCGACACACCUGUGAGUUUAUGUAGCAAAGCCAAAAUUGACAGUGAGCUCAGGUCUUCCCAUAUCCCAGGGGCACGGAGAAGGCUUCUUUUACCAGACUCAACUGAGGGUUCUAGAAUAUCCAAAACUGUUCAGGAUAUUUCAAGACUUGUACAAGACACAAUUCAGCAAUCCCAAAACAAAUGCAAUGGUCUGCUAAAUAGCACAUAUAAAAUUUGCAAAGAAGGCAUAUUAAAAGAACCGAAUAAAACAGACAGACUAUGUUCUAGUUCUAAUGGUCAGAAUGAAGACCAAGGACCGUGCCAAGAUACCUCUCGACUUUUAGUUAACAAAAACAGCACUGAUGUACACAUUUGCACAAACAUUAAAAGCAGCAGAACAAAUGUUCCCGACAAUAAUAAACCUGACUGUUCCUUAAACCUGCAGUAUGAGGCCUACAAAAAACUUGAAGACACAAGACCCAAAUCUGAAUUACAAGAUAGUUUACACAAUGCCAAAACGGGCCCAGAUAACGUUCUGUAUAAAGAUUGUUUUGAAAUAACUAAAGAAGUUUGUGAACAAAACAAGUUUCAGCUUGCAGAAACCCGUUCACAUAAAGAGAUCAACAAUUUGAAAGGUCGGGAUCAAGCAGAGAAAUGCAAAUCUUUGCAGGAUGAAAACAAAGAACCCAGCACCUUUACUAUCCCUGUACUUAGAGGUUCCUGUGAAGACUUGAAAGGAAAGGCUCAACAAGCACAGAACUUGGAUGUGUUGAACAUUAAUACGCCGUCUCCCCUGAAGCCUUGCAAUGUCUGGAAGAAGCAGAACCGUCACUCUUUAGAUGGGAUUGCAGCAAAAGCCUUCCAUCCGUGCACCGGGCUGCCUCUGCUUUCAAGCCCAGUUCCUCAAAGAAGAGCACAAACGGGAUAUUUUGAUUUGGCUACGUCAUUAUCACAUUGUAAAGGUCUGCCAUGGUCUAGCACAAAAAGAGUGUCUUUGAAAACAGAAGAUGAUGAAGAAGAACAAGGCCAACAACUCUUAAGUACAAGUGCUCCACCAGCAAGUCUCAGUCUUCUGGGGAAUUUUGAGGAAUCUGUCUUGAACCAUCGGUUGGAGCCACUAGGCACCAUAGAAGGUUUCACCACAGAGGUUGGAGCGAGUGGAAUAUUUUGUCCCAGUCAUAUGACCCUCCCAGUGGAAGUGUCAUUCUACAGUGUUUCAGAUGACAAUGCACCUUCUCCAUACAAGGGUGUAAUUAACUUGGAGUCCCUAGGAAAAAGGGGUUAUCGAGUACCUCCUUCAGGAACAAUUCAAGUGACCUUAUUCAACCCCAGCAAGACUGUGGUGAAGAUGUUUGUUGUGAUUUAUGACUUGAGAGAGAUGCCAGCCAAUCACCAGACAUUCCUUCGACAAAGGACAUAUUCUAUUCCCAUGAAACGUGACAUGAAUGGAAAUGUCAAUAAAAAGAACCUCCUGCAGACAGAGGAAAGAAUAUUGCGCUACCUCAUCCAUCUGAGGUUCCAGAGCUCCAAAUCUGGAAAGAUCUACCUCCAUAGAGACAUAAGGCUCCUGUUUUCUCGUAAAUCCAUGGAAGUUGAUAGUGGUGCAGCAUACGAGCUCAGAUCGUAUACAGAAGCUCCAGCAAACCCUCCUUUUUCACAGAGAUGUUGAUCUUUGUAAAAGAGACCCUGUUUUGUAUAAAGGCAUAUGUUUAGUUAAACUAAUUCAUGACACUUUUUAAAUACUUUGGUGUUCUGUAAGAGCUGCAGUGUUCUCAUCAGAUCAUGGACCAGUUUAGAAAAAAAAGUGAAAUCAAAAGAGCACUGUGUAUUUCCAAGAUGACAGGAAAUUAAAAUAAUAAUAUCAUAAUAACUUGUUUUGUACUGUUACAGAACCACUUUAUCAGAAGUGUUGCAAUAGAAAAAUACCUUAACUAGUUUUAGUGUUUACAUGUUCUAUUUUAUUUGUCUGUUAUUUAAUAUUUAAAUUCAUAUUUUAUGUACUGCACAUGUGAUGUUUGUCAUGUUAGGCAUUAUAAUGUAGUAUAAAAGAUAUAUAUGUAAAACCACAGUAUGU